AUGCUUGGCGAGAUGUUCAAGCUCACUUGUCACAGAACCUUCCUCGAUGUCGAAGAUGAGAAGGACAGAUCCACGUGCUCGAGGCGAUCGCAGAGCGAGCCCCCAGAUGAUCGAAGCACUGAGCAGACCUAUGCUAGCGCCUUGGCAAGCCGCGCAGACCAACUUCAUUUCUGGCUCCGAAAAAGGCAGCAGGGUGACUUCAAUCAUGCCGAUGAGAAGGAGACGGGUGCAGAGGCCUCCACCGAAGCCGACACCCGAGACAACACGGAUAGCCUGCGCAUCUCCAGCAAGAACUCCAAUGCAUCGGAGCCUGAAGUGGAGAUCUCUCAGGGAAGCCUUGGCCACCCGGAGGUUUGCCACAGGCCCUGCGUGAACUUCGCGAAGGGAUGGUGUGCCGCAGGCUCCUCCUGCGAGUAUUGCCACCUCUCACAUGUUGAGACCCCGCUCGUGACCGCGAACAAAGAAGUUCGAGCCAUCUUGCAGCAGGCGAGCGAGGUCGAUCUCUUAGCGCCUGCGAUGAAGCAUGCCUGGGCCCGUGCAGCUGACAAGGGCUUCCUGGACGCUGCCGAGGAGGUGCUGGUGAUUCUGAAGACACGACUUCACGAGCUGGACAGUCUCCAAAGCCUUACCCAGAAGCAGCAGGGUAAGCUCGAUAGAUUCAUGGCCAAAAUGCCGUUCUCGGGCCUGAUGGGCCUUGCACUACGCAAAACCGAGGACAGCAGCCAUGCUGAGCGGGUAAAAGCAGCAGUGGAUAGCUUGCGAAGCAACCUGAUGUCCCUUGUGGGUUGUUGCUCACCCCUGCAGAGCCCUGGGGACAGCCUAGGCGCCCUCUUCGCUGUCCGCUCAAAACGCUUCUGCUGCGCACAGAGUCUUGAAGGAGGUGCGCCUCUGCGCGAGGGCCGCAGCGGCCUCCCAGCCUGCGCCGCCCGCACCUCCCAGGCGCCCCGACAGGCGCCCCCCAAGGCGACCACAGCGUCUGACGCCCGCAAGGUCGAAGCGGUGGAGGAGUAUCUCAGCCGCAUCGGAGGUUCGGCGAACCUCCGUGCCUUAAAGAGCGCGAUUGGUGGCCUCAGCCGAAGCCUUCUGCAGAAGCAUUUCGAAAUCACUUCUGAUGAUUUCGUCACGUCCAAGAAGGGACAUCAGAAGCAGGAAAGAAACAUCAGGGAGUUCCUGACCAGCAGGGGGAGCGUUCCCCUAACACAGGUGAUGAAGCUCUUCUCGGUGCCCAGAAGAUGGCUGGCCUCGCACGAGGAAUUCUUAGUCCAGGGUGGACGCAUCCGGCUGCGUGUGCGCCAGACAGAUCAGCCUGAGGUGCAGAUUCUGGAGGAUGGCGUGGGAGAUCUCUUUCGGAUGAGGCCCAGCGCGACGACGGGUGCGGCGGCCAAAACGGCACAGCAGGAGAUCGCACGUUUGCGGUUCUUCCUUGUGAGCCAGGUCGCCCAGUUGCCGAAGUCUGUGCGGAGUGGCGCCCUGCGGCGCCUCAAGGGCAUGUGGCACCCCGACGCGGCCCCCGGCCAGUACGUUGGACAUGAUGCAGUUAUUGCAGAGGUCUUUCGCUUCCUCUGCUCCAUCGAGGUAGCGCCCGGCGGUUUCCAGUUCCCGUGA